GGGGCGGGGCGCUGCGGGUAUGGCGGCGGGGCGGUGCCGGGCGCUGCCGCUGCUGCUGUUGGCGGCGUUGGGCCGCGCGGCCGCCUAUUUCCCCGAGGAGCGUUGGAGGCCCGAAUCGCCGCUCCGCGCCCCACGCGUGACCGUGGCGAUCAUCGCCAGGAAUGCGGCCCACGCGCUGCCUGCGGUGCUCGGGGGGUUGGAGAGGUUGAGGCACCCCAAGGAGAGAACGGCGCUGUGGGUGGCAGUGGACCACAGCGAGGACAACACGACGGCGCUGCUGCGCGAGUGGCUGGUGAGGGUGCAGGGGCUGUACCACCGCGUGGAGUGGAGACCCAUGGAGGAGCCACGCUCCUACCCCGACGAGGAGGGCCCCAAGCACUGGUCCAGCUCCCGCUAUGAGCACGUGAUGAAGCUGAGGCAGGCGGCCCUGCAGUCGGCGCGGGACAUGUGGGCUGAUUACCUGCUGUUCGUGGAUGCUGACAACGUCCUGACGAACCCCGACACGUUGGGGCUGCUGAUGGCCGAGAACAAAACGGUGGUGGCCCCCAUGCUGGACUCCCGCGCUGCCUACUCCAACUUCUGGUGUGGGAUGACGGCUCAGGGCUACUACAAGCGCACCCCCGCCUACCUGCCCAUCCGUAAGCGGGAGCGGCGGGGCUGCUUUGCUGUGCCCAUGGUGCACUCCACCUUCCUGCUGGACCUGAGGAAGGAGGCAUCCCGGCUGCUCACCUUCUACCCCCCCCACCCCGACUACACGUGGCCCUUCGACGACAUCAUCGUCUUCGCCUCCUCCUGCAAGCAGGCAGAGGUGCAGAUGUUUGUGUGCAACAAGGAGGUGUACGGUUUCCUCCCGGUGCCGCUGCGCUCGCACAGCACGCUGCAGGAUGAGACGGAGAGCUUCAUGCACGUCCUGCUGGAGAUCAUGGUGAAGAACCCCCCAGCAGAGCCCUCGCGGUACCUCUCCGUCCCACCCAAAAGCCCCGACAAGAUGGGCUUCGAUGAGGUCUUCAUGAUCAACCUGAAGCGCCGGGCCGACCGCAGGGAGCGCAUGCUGCGCACGCUGCACGAGCAGGAGAUCGCCUGCAAGGUGGUGGAGGCGGUGGAUGGGAAGGCCAUGAACAGCAGCGAGGUGGAAGCGCUGGGCAUUAAGAUGCUGCCGGGCUACAAGGAUCCGUACCACGGCCGGCCGCUCACCAAGGGGGAGCUGGGCUGCUUCCUCAGCCACUACCGGGUGUGGGAGGAGAUCGUCGAGAGAGGGCUGGGGAAGUCGGUGGUGUUUGAGGACGAUCUGCGCUUCGAGAUCUUCUUCAAGCGGCGCCUGAUGAACCUGAUGUACGAUUUAGAAGAGGAGGGUUUGGGCUGGGAUCUGAUUUACAUCGGGAGGAAGAGGAUGCAGGUGGAGCAGCCUGAGAGGUCGGUGCCGCACGUGAGGAAUUUGGUGGAGGCUGAUUACUCCUACUGGACUUUGGCCUACGUGGUUUCGCUGCAGGGAGCCCGCAAGCUGCUGGCGGCUCAGCCGCUGUCCAAAAUGCUGCCCGUCGAUGAAUUCCUCCCCAUCAUGUUCAACAAACAUCCCGUCUCCGACUACAUGAAGCACUUCAAGACCCGCAACCUGCUGGCCUUUUCGGUGGAGCCGCUGCUGGUUUAUCCCACUCACUACACCGGCGACGACGGCUACAUCAGCGACACGGAGACGUCUGUGGUGUGGGACAACGAGAAGAUCAAGACGGACUGGGAUCGCGCCAAGUCCCAGAAGAUGAAAGAGCAGCAGGAGCUGCGCCGGGAGGCCAAAAACUCGGACGUGCUGCAGUCCCCCCUCGACAGCACCGCCCGCGAUGAGCUAUGACCGCACGGGGCAGGGGGGCACAGCGGGGUCACCCCGGGACAUGGGGGCUGCGCCGUGGGUCGGUGCUGGUGAGGCCUCAGUGUGAGGCGCCGUGUUGGGCAUCGCUUGCGGCGUUGGUCCCCUCCACCAUUUUGCCUUCGGUCACCGUUUGGGGUCCUGACCGCCGUUUUGGGGCUUGGCAGAAGGUGCCGUUUUGGGGCCUCGGCCACCGUAUGGGGCCUUGGUUGACGCUGUGGGGUCUUGGCCGCCGUGUGGGGCUUUGGGCACCACCAGUUUGGCUCCUUUGGGCCUUGGGCACCAUUUGGGGCCAUGGGCGCCAUUUUGGGGCUGUGGGCAAAGCUCUUUUGGGGCCUCAGUCACCAUCAGUUUGGGCUCCUUUGAGUCCUGGUCGCCAUUUUGGGGCCUUGGGCGCCAUUUGGGGCCUUGGCCAAAGCUCCUUCGGGCUUUGGCUGCCCUCGGGGCCUUCGGUCACCCCCAGUUGGGCUCCUUUGGGCCUCAGCCGCCAUCUUGAGGCCUUGGCCGCCAUUUUGGGGCCUUGGCCGCCAUGUCGGGCGGUGGGGAGGGUGGGGAGGAGGCCCGCCCCACGGUGCUCCCGGGCCGAGGCCCUGCUGCGUUGUCAACCAAAGCUCUGCGGUUGUUUCGUUUGAGGUUUGUUUCUUUUUUUUAAGGAGAAAAAAAAAAUGGUACUUUUGA